UGUGCACAAGAAGCGUCAUUAAACGGAGAUUUGUCUAAAACGCGGAUACAUCCUCUCUACUUCAUUCCAUUGUCAGGUUUCGUUCUGAAGUAAACUGGAGUGAACUAUCCUGACAUUUCUGACCAGAGAUAGUCGUGAAAUAAUAAUCGAUGAUUGCUCUUGUUGCGUCGUGUUGAAUUAAAGGUGCAAUUUCAAUGCGUCAUCUGUAAUAUACAUUCAUCAUGUCUGCUACGGCUAUACAUAAAUUUAUAACUUUUAUAGGAUUUAUAUCUAUAUUACAUGCAGCUUAUUCCGCGGCACAGCAUCGUUCCUAUUUGCGAAUCACUGAACAAGAGUUUACUACUUUGCCAAUUGAUAUUUUAAUCCAAGGCAUAGCCAGUUUAUUUAUCGUUAUGUACGGCGUUAUGUACAUUGCUGGCGAUUUCAAGGAAAUCCGGGCAGUUGUCGAUUUGGAGAAUAAAUCUUGGGAGACGCUGCGGAACCUACCAUCCUUUCAAGUAUUUAAUCAUCGUGGAAGAUCUCUAUCCCCAGAAUACAUCUCGGAGUAAAAAUAGUAUAUUUUAAUAUCAAAUCAUUGAAAAAAGAUAAUAGAUUCACCAACUUAUUUAUAUUAUUUGUUAAAUCGC